AUGAAGUUGAAUAACAUUACCCAGGCAAUAGUCUUCUUUUCUCUUUUUGGACCUGGAAUUGUAGGAAAUGUCUUGGUAAUUGUGAAACAUAUGUAUACUUAUGUUUUAGGGAUUGAAAAAAAGCCCAUAGACCUUAUUCUCACCCACUUGGCAUUUUGUAAUAUAAUGAUUAUUUGUAGCAUAGUGAUCAGAGAUAUAGCCACAGUGUUUUAUUUUAGAAACUUCCUAGGAGAUAUUGGCUGUAAAGCUGUGGUUUAUCUAGCAAGGAUGGCACGGGGCCUCUCCAUCUGCACCACCUGUCUCCUCAGUGUGGUCCAGGCUGUCACCAUCAGUCCCAGGACCACCAUUUGGACAAAACUCAAACCGGAGACAGCAUGGCAAGUUUUUCCCUGUCUCCUCCUCUUUUGGACUGUCAAUACUCUCAUAAGCUCUAAUUUGCUCUGCUACAUCAAAUCAGGCAACGGCUUGAACAGGUCUGAAGCUGAAACAUUCACUGGACAUUGCUAUAUGCUGCCCUCCAGGAACAUAGUUAAGUGGCUUUUCCUCUCUCUCAUGACUCUUCGUGAUGUCAUCUUUCAGACUCUGAUGGGCUGGAGCAGUGGGUUCAUGGCUUUCCAUCUGUAUAAGCAUCACAAGCAUGUCCUCUACCUCUACAGUUCCAGACAACUCUCCUCCAGAAAGAACUCUCCUCCAGAAAUCAGAGCUACCUGGAGUGUUCUGAUUCUUAUGACCUGCUUCCUUUUCUUCUAUUGGGCAGAUUUUAUUCUCUCCUUCUACACAGGUUUUACAGUGACACAUGAUUCUCUUGUACUAAGUAUUAAAACAUUGUUAGAACUUGGUUAUGCUAGUUUCAGCCCCUAUGUUCUGAUCAGCAGAGAUAUCCGUGUUCCUAAUGUCUUCCGUGCUCACUGA